GACUUCCUAACCGCUUGCGGCUUCCCAUGGAUAGAAGCGCCGGGAGAAGCAGAAGCUCAGUGCGUGGAGUUAGAGAGAUUGGGUUUGGUACAGGGUGUGAUCUCGGACGACAGCGACGUUUGGGCGUUUGGAGUGCGGAACGUUUAUCGUCAUCUUUUUUCAAAGAACAAAAAUGUCCAGCAUUACGAUUCACGAGUUGUCCGUCAAUCACUGGGUAUCACUCUUCAUAAAUACUGUCUCUCGCAAGCAGAAUUCGUCGGAAUAGCUGUUCUUUCUGGAGGUGACUAUUCACCCGGUUUGGCAGGAAUUGGAAUAGUGAAUGCGGUAGAACUUUUAUCCGAAUUCGCAGUGACAAGAUCCACUGAAGUAGACCAGUCAGAGAAGGAGACGAUGUUGACCCUGAGAAACGUUGACAAUUGGAUGGCUACAUUUGAUCCGAAUGAGGAUCCACCAGAACCCAUAGCUCUACGACGUAAACUUCGCGCCGCUAUCAAGAAAAACAACGACAUGGAUAGAAUCAAAUCGAUCGUCAAUGCAGAAAUCGUCGCAGCCUAUUUUCGGCCAAAUGUGGACAAAUCUCGCGAGAAAUUUCGCUGGAAAAAGGUCGAUAUUGAACGAGUACGAAUUCUACUCUAUUCCAAGCUUGGAUGGGAUGAUGAAAAGUGUGAUAAGCAAACGUUAAUUCCAUUACAACGGUGGAAUGAGUUCAUUACUGGAGCGACAUCGUAUCAGCGGCACAUCACCUCAUUCGCGCACAAACUGCAACAGUCUCCGGCUGAGCAGAAAACAGCGUUAACCAAGAGGGUCGAAACUGCUCUUGCUAACCUGGCGAAACGAACAGGAUCAUCAUCAAAGCUUUGUUCCGUUUCAUCAAUACCAUGCGAGAAAAAAGUCCCGAAAAGGAAAACUCGACCAGUGAGGAAACGCGCUAGAAAGACAGCAGAUAAAAACCCUCCCCAAGAUUUGCAGCUCUCUGAAGAAUCCGACUCUGAUGAUGGAUGA